CGUAGGGGGGAGGAGGAGAUGGACGUAUAGAUAGGCCAAAUAAAUACACAAACGACAAGGAGGUGAGUGGUAAAGAGGAAAAAGGAAAUUCCCUUCUUCUUCUUCUUCCUGAGCAUCUUUGCGCUGCGCAGUGUUAACGUUGGCGACACCACCACCAGAGGAGCGGUGCGCAUUUUCACAGCACAUCUGAGGAGCGCGUUUUCUGGAGCCGAAACGGACAGGAAAUCUGACCACCCGAGGAGGAAAUAAAGGCUUCUUCUUCUCUUAUUUUGAAAGGAUUUUUUUUUAAUGCACUGAAGCAGGGAGGAAACACAGCCGAACACUGAUGCCCCCUCCAAACUGGAUAUCUCACCGACCUAUGGAGUGCUGAUUUACAAUUCCUUAGGAUACAUUUUAUUCUAGGGACACUAGAGGAGCCUCUCUUUGCACCACAUUUUUCUUUUUUUAUCAUUGGCCUAUUUUUUUUUAAUAAUAAUAAAUUGCUGCAGGGGUGAUAAAAAAAAUAGCCUUUCAUUGCCAGUUUUAGUGUUACAUAACCGGAGUGGCAUUAGAGCUGUCCAAGGUGCUGAACUGAAGCCUCUAAUAACAGGGACGAGCCGAGGAGGGGGAAUUCACAACCUUGCAAGGUCACAGGCCUAUCAAUCAAUCGUGGAGGAGAAGAAGAGGAGGAAAGGAUCCGCCGCACACUGAGCCAGCUUGCAGGGUUUUAUAUUCACACAUUUUUAUUCAUCGUUUGGUGAAAUACAUCCCUGAAAGGUGGUUGAUUCAACGGAGAGAGGAGAAAAUGUCGGGGCAAACGCUCACGGAUCGCAUCGCCGCUGCGCAGUACCAGCUAACGGGAUCAGACAUGGCCCGGGCUGUCUGCAAAGCCACCACUCAUGAAGUGAUGGCGCCCAAGAAAAAGCACCUGGAGUACCUGGUGUCAGCCACCAACACCACCAACGUGAACAUCCCUCAGAUGGCUGACACGCUGUUUGAGCGAGCCACCAACGCCAGCUGGGUGGUCGUCUUCAAGGCCCUUGUCACCAGUCAUCACAUGUGUGUCCACGGCAACGAGAGGUUCAUUCAGUACUUGGCUUCCAGGACCUCCCUGUUCAACCUCAGCAACUUUAUCGACAAAACCGGCUCUCACGGCUACGACAUGUCUACAUUCAUCAGACGAUAUGGCCGAUACCUGAACGAAAAAGCCUUCGCCUACCGCCAGAUGGCUUUUGAUUUCACCAGAGUCAAGAAAGGUGCUGAGGGCGUGAUGAGGACCAUGACCACUGAGAAGCUGUUGAAAGGCAUGCCUGUUCUGCAGACUCAGAUUGACACACUCCUGGAGUUCGAUAUUCAUCCCAAGGAGCUGAACAAUGGGAUCAUCAAUGCUGCGUUCCUGCUUCUCUUCAAGGAUCUGGUCAAACUGUUCGCGUCCUACAACGACGGCGUCAUCAACUUAUUAGAGAAAUACUUCAAGAUGAAGAAGGGUGACUGUAAGGAGGCCUUGGAGAUCUACAAAAGGUUCCUGACCAGGGUGACAAAGAUUGGGGAAUUCCUGAAGCUGGCUGAGACAGUCGGAGUUGACAAAAACGACAUUCCUGACAUCAACUACGCUCCCAGCAGUAUCCUGGAGAGUCUGGAAACACACAUGAACGGUCUGGAGGAUGUGAAGGGUGGAAAGAAGGGUGAAGGGUCUCCAACAAAGGGGUCUCCGACGAACAACGUGUCUCCAACAUCAACUCCGGCCAAAUCUUCAAACGCUGUUCCCACACUGCAGCCUCCUCCUGGGGAGAGCGCCGCCGCCGCCGCUGCUGCUGCUGAGCCAGUUGAAGAUUCCUUGUUGGACCUGGAUCCACUGUCCUCCUCGGGUCCCUCAGGACCAUCAGCUGCCCCCACGUCUUGGGGAGAUCUUCUUGGAUCGGAAAUGGGCGAUUCCUUGCUAUCUGAACCCACCCUCACGGCAGAGCCCGCCCCCUCCUCUGCAGCAGCAACGCCCACUCCUGCAGCAGCAGAACCCGUGGUCUCUCUAGCUCCUCCCACUAGCACAGCAGCCGCCACUACCCCUGCCGCCGCCAAUAUGGAUCUGUUGGGAGAUGCCUUUGCAACACCUGCUGCUGCCACUGAGCCCUCUGCAGCAGCCGCUGAAGGUGGGGCUGCCGCCGCCGCCGCCGCCACGUCCGCCCCUGCUGCCAACGCUGGAGCCGAUCUCUUUGAUUCCAUGCCAGACACGAGCUUCACCAAAGCAGACCUCGCUCCCAGUGUUGACUUGUUUACAGCAGAAUCCACAGGAGGAGACGCCACAGCCGCUGCUGCUCCUGCUGCCCCCGGCGCUGAGCUCAUGUCAGUAUUUGACGGACUAGGGGAUGUAAUGAAGCCCACUUUGACCCCUCAGACGGGGGAUGUUGACACCUCCAUGGCUAACAUGGCGAGUAAUCUCACAAUGGGGACCCCAGCGGCACCUCAGGUAGCUCCCCCCUGUUGGGGUGCUCCCAUGACCGUACCCAUGGGUGUUCCUCCUUUUAUGGGGAUUCACCCCAACUUCAGCAUGCCCGGGGCACAAGGAGCUCCCAUGAUGCCGAUGGUGAGGCCAAGCUUCCCCGCCACCGGAGCAGCCCCCGGAGCACCGAUGUCUCCUGGAGCAGCCCAGAGCCCCAGGAAGCCUCCACCCCCGAGGAACGCUCUGGAUGACCUCAACAUUAAGGACUUCAUGUAGACUGACUGACCUGUAAACCCCCCAAGGUUUGUCAUUGUGUCUGGAACUCUGUGGAUGUGGAUGUCUGCACUUCCCCCACUGCCUUCCCCUCAGUCAUGCCCCUGCCCCUUCAGCCAACCAGCCAUUACAUCUACGAUCUUUGCCCUCUGACCUCCUACCAGCCGCGACCCCUAUAAAAAAAAAACCUGCCCUCCUUAUCUAAUGUUGUAGCACAACUGUGAAUGUGAACCCUAGAUACAGAAAAACAAAACUCUGUUUAUGUGUGUGUGGGUGUGCGUGUAAUUCAGUGUUAACCUUUACUUAAUAUACUAUGGAAAAAUGAACAAAAAAAAAUAAUUAUUGUGUAUUUAGAUUCAUUCUGGAUUUCCGCAUAUCAGCUGACUUGGAAUGGUGGAUAAAUGUUGGUUUCUUUGCGCAUCUCCCAGACGAGGACUGUGUUGUUAAAUGUGGACUGUGUUCGGUGUAUGUAACUUCACUGGCCAACCCCCACUCCUCUACCCCUGUUGUCCAAACUAAUACUGAGCUAUGUUUAUGUCAUUAAAAACUUGGUUGUACCUAUAUCUGCUUGGCCGUCCAUCCUCCCACAUGUCUACUUUCAAGUUUUUGGGAGAAUUCAAAAUAUACCUGAAAACAACUUGCACUGCAAAUCUGGACUUAUCACAAAUUGUGUUCAGCUUUUUUCUUUUUUCUUUUUCAAGAUCGUAUGAAACAUGCAAAAAAUUUGUGAACUGUGUUCAAAUUGACAUAUGCAUUUUAGACUAUUUUAAAUGAUAGAUUCUACAUAUUUUCUUUAAUCUUUAUUUUGAGAGAAAAAAAUGUAUCAUAUAUUUUUAGUUACGUCAAAUGAUAUGGUUGAAAAUAAGGCAAGUAGACUUAAAAAAAAAAAUUCCCGCCUUCUUUGUACAUACCUCUCAAUCUGUAAUUAGAGGCAGUAUUGAAUGGAAACUUUGCCCCGAGUGUUUACUGUUGCGCCCUCAGCUGGUGUGGAGUGGUACUGCAUCGUAGCAUGCGACACAGGUCAAUCUGGGAUGCAUUCUAAUACUCUCAGAGAGCUCCUUUCCUUGUCCCGGUCUCCACACAAGAUGACAUGGUGGAAAUCAAAAGGGACAAGGAAGCAUUUGUGUAUGUGAUUGGGAUGUGGCCUCAGUCUUCUUUGAGUGACGUCAGCAGCGGUCGGUACAUUUGGUCACGUGCCGCCGCUGGAAGUCUCAAGGACUCUCACUGUAAAGCACUCAAGUAUACGCUGGAUGUUCUGUGUGUUGUUUAUUUCCAAAAGUGACUGUAACUUAAUCCAUUGUGGCAUUAACAAAGUGUUGAAAGAAAAAUAAAGAUGACUAUGACACAUAAAAAAAAACAAAAAGAAUGUGGAUACAUGAUGUUUGCUAAGUAUUCAAAUGAAGGCUGUGUUGUUUGUUUUUUUUGGAGGUUAUUAUGGAUGGCAUCGUUCUUUCUCCCUCACCCCCACCUGCAUGUGAGUCCAAAUGAGAUGCAAUAAAAGACAAAUACACUGAUCCAAA